AUGUUGCACUUGAUUAAGCAUCUUCAAUUUGACUCUCCAUUGAAAGACUUGGGUGAGCUAUCUUAUUUUUUAGGUGUUCAUGCAGUCCGAGAUUCACAUGGUCUCCACUUGUCGCAAUCCAAGUACAUUUCAGAGCUCCUCCAUCGUGCUCGCAUGGUUGGCGCUAAACCAUCCUCCACCCCCACUACCUCUGGUUCUAAACUCUCGCGUUUUGAUGGUGCACCUUUACCCAAUGGCAUUGAGUACAGGCAAAUUGUUGGUGCUCUCCAGUAUUGCACUCUUACCCGUCUUGACAUUGCAUUCUCAGUAAAUCAGUUAUGUCAAUUUAUGCACUCACCUACAUCUGAUCACUGGACUGCUGCUAAACGGGUGUUGCGCUACUUAAAAGGGACCAUAGAUCAUGGCUUGUCUUUCCCCAAAAGCUCACUUAAGCUUCAUGCCUUUUGUGACUCUGAUUGGGCUGGCAAUCCUGAUGACCGACGAUCAACCACUGGAUUUGGCAUCUUUCUUGGCCCUUGUCUUGUUUCUUGGAGUGCCAAGAAGCAACCCGUUGUGGCUCGUUCAAGUACAGAAGCUGAAUAUCGGGCCAUGGCUAUUACCACUGCUGACUUAUAUUGGAUACGAAUGCUCCUCAAGGAUCUCCAUGUCCCUUGGUCUCACCUCCCACUUUGUGGUGUGACAAUGUUGGGUCUAUCUACUCCACGCUUCUCAUUGUUACGGUCCAAGCUUCUGGUUACGCCUUGUCCCAUCAGCUUGCGGGGGGAUGUUAAGGAAAGUAUUUCCAUUCAUGACAGUGCUGAUCUUGUGGGCAAGAUAGCUAGCUCAUUUCCUAUUAUAAUCCCAACAGCUACUGCAGAAACUAAGUCAACAAGCACCUCUGUUAUGGAAAGCUAA